AUGUAUAUGAAAUGGUUUGAUACAGUAAUGUUUUACUAUGUGAUUUUAGUGAAUCUAGUGAAUGGCACUUUUUGUUAUUUUCAAAUUUCCCGCCGUUACGUCUUGAUGUCGCAGGGAACGGAACCCAGAUGACAGAUGCUGGCAUCUGCCGGAGAACAUUGCCGGGGACACUGCAGGAGGGACAUCACGGGAGCGCAGGACAAGAUAAGUGAAGAACAGAUCCCGGAGCAGCGCCGCAUGGUAAGCCCGAGUGUAGCUCGGGGUUACCGCUUGUGCUACACUCGGGAAUACCGCCAGGGAGGUUAAACCAA